GCGCGUGCCUCACGUUGGACGCGCUGAACUCGGAUCAGUUUUGUCGGGCUUUCACCUGGGACAAGACGCGGGCACACCUGAGCACCGGAAAACCCGCCUGUUGUCGGCCACGAAGGGACUACCCCGCCGGUUCACCUGCCCGCGGACACUUUUAAGGACCAAGUCCGACACAAUUGUACAACUUUUUCCGUGGAUAAUUUAUAAAUCUGGCUAACUUUUAACGAACGUUUACCGGAGUGGUGGCACGAGCAGCCUUGGCCAUUUGUGAGUAGUCGGGCCAAGAUACAUCAAGGGGGAGACAAAAGAUCACACUUCCGGUGUGCUUUUAUUUUAUUUAUUUAUGAUAUCUGAAGAGGAUUUUAAUUAAACAUGCUCGGGGCGGAGAGCAGACUGGAAAGCCGGCUAAAUACGCUGGAGGUUCUCAUGAGGAAUCCGGAGUCGGUGUUAAACUUGGCAACACUGCUGGAUUCCAUAAAUGCCUUGGCUCACGAUUUGAACUAUCCUGCUCUGCGGAAGAACAAGAACAUUGAAACGUUUCUCAGUCGAUACGAAAAGGCGGUGAGCCAGCUGCGCGAGCUGCAGGUCAAGCUCGACGACUUUGAAAAGGUGAAGCUGAUCGGAAGAGGAGCUUAUGGAGAAGUGCAGCUGGUCCGACACAAGGCCUCCCGGAAGGUUUACGCCAUGAAGAAGCUCAACAAGUUUGAGAUGAUCAAGCGGUGCGAUUCGGCUUUCUUCUGGGAGGAGCGUUACAUCAUGGCCUUCUCCGACAGCCCCUGGGUCAUCCAGUUGUGCUGCGCCUUCCAAGACGACCGCCACCUGUACAUGGUGAUGGAGUUCAUGGCUGGCGGCGACAUGGUCACGCUCACCUUGAACUACGACAUCCCGGAGAAGUGGGCUCGCUUCUACACGGCCGAGGCGGUGCUGGCCCUGGACGCCAUCCACACCAUGGGCUUCAUCCACCGCGACAUCAAACCGGACAACAUGCUCCUCGACCAGCACGGGCACCUCAAGCUAGCGGAUUUCGGCACCUGCAUGAAGAUGGAUUCUACAGGCAUGGUGCACUGUGACACCGCCGUGGGCACGCCCGACUACAUCUCCCCCGAGGUGCUGCAGUCUCAGGGAAGCGAGGGUCACUACGGGCGGGAGUGCGACUGGUGGGCUGUCGGGGUCUUUCUAUACGAGCUGUUAGUGGGGGAAACGCCUUUCUAUGCCGAUUCCCUGGUGGGAACGUACGGAAAGAUCAUGAACCACAAAAGUUCCCUCAUCUUCCCGGAUGAUGUAGAAAUGUCCCAGGAGGCCAAAGAUCUCAUCUGUGCCUUUCUAACGGACAGGGAGGUUCGUCUGGGCCGCACCGAUGUGGAGGAGAUCAAAAGCCAUCCUUUCUUCAAAAGCGAUCAGUGGACCUUUGACAACAUCCGAGCGACCGUCGCUCCCGUCGUACCUGAGCUGAACAGCGACAUCGACACCAGCAACUUUGACGACUUUGAGGAUGAUAAAGGAGCCGUCGAGACCUUCCCUCCGCCGAAAGCCUUUGUGGGCAACCAGCUUCCAUUUGUCGGCUUCACCUACUUCAAGGAAGACCAGCUGCUGAAGGGAAAGAAAAACAGCUCAGUGCAAGAUUCGGAGAACAAAAAGGAAAAAGUAGAAGAAAAGCAAGAGCGCUCUGACAACAAGAAAGAACAACUGCAGAAAAAACUGAAUGAACUGGAGGAGCAGCUCGACCAUGAAAUGCAGACCAAAGACGAGCUGGAGCACAAGUUUCGAAAUGCCACCAAUCGUUUAGACAAGUUAGUCAAGGAAUUAGACAAGGAGAUGAACAGCAGACAGCGUGUGGAGGCCUCGUUGAGGCAGAUGGAGCGCGAGCACGCGCUGCUGCAGCAUCAGAGUACCGAGAACCAACGCAAAGUCGAGAUUGAGACGGACAGGAAACGCGGCUUGGAGAACGAAUUGAAUAACCUGAAGGAGCAGUUCGAGGAGCUCAAGAAAAAGAACCACAAUUCACAGAUCUCCAGUGAGAAGAACAUCCAGCUUCAGAAACAACUCGAGGAGGCGGCCGGGACACUUCAGGCGGAGCAGGAGACAGCGACGAAGCUCAAGAAGAACCAAGCGGAGAUGCAGAAACAGACCCAGAGCCUGGAGUUGAGCCUCAGGGAAGCGCACGAGAAGUGCAAGCAGCUGGAGGAGGCCAAGACGGAGCUGGAGAAGCAGCUGACGGCACUGCGGGCCGAGCUGGAGGCUGAGAGGAGGGAGCGCAGCAUCAAGACGGAUGUUAUCGCCGACCUCCAGGGACACACAUCCGGCCUGAAAGAGGAGGUGAAAGAAAUGAAGUCACGUUUAUCCAACAUCCAGACUGAAAAGAACCAACUGCAGGAGAAGCUCAAUAACCUUGAGAAGGAAAAGAGCAACCAAGAGAUCGAGCUGACGUUCAAGUUGAAGUCCCUCCAACAGAGUCUGGAGCAGGAGGAAGGUGAACACAAAGCUACCAAGGCCAAGUUGGCGGAUGAAAACCAAAUUUAUCAGUCAACAGAGGUGGCGAAAUCUACGACCUUAAAAGAGAUGGAGCGCAGCCUUCAGGAGGAGCGCACUCUGAAGCAGGAGUUGGAAACCAAGCUGCUGCAGCUGAAGAAAGACCACUCCAUGCUUGACUGCGAUUACAAACAGGCGCAGCACAAACUGGACGAGCUGCAGGCGCUGAAGGAGAGAGUUUCCGAAGAUGUAAAGAACCUAAGCCUGCGUUUGGAGCAGGAGGUUCACAAGCGCAGCUUGGCCCAGAGUGACCUGAAAAUGGAGAAACAGCAGGUGACCGUCCUGCACACCUCCGAGAAACAGCUCAAGCAGGAGCUCAACCAACUGCUGGAGAUGAAGCAGGUCCUGGAAAAACAAAACCAAGAGCUGCGCAGGGAGAAGCAAGAGUCGGAAGGCCUGCUGAAAGAUUUAAAGGACCAGCUGGAGGCGGAACAAUAUUUCACGACCCUUUACAAGACGCAGAUCCGCGAGUUGAAGGAAGAGUGCGAUGAGAGGAGCACCUUGUACAAAGAGGCUCAGCAGCGUCUGGAAGAGUACCAGGAGGAGAGGGAAUCGCUCACUUCCCAGCUGGAGGUCAGCCUGACCAAGGCCGACUCUGAGCAGUUGGCGCGCUCCAUUGCCGAGGAGCAGUACUCGGAUCUGGAGAAGGAGAAGAUCAUGAAGGAGCUGGAGAUCAAAGACAUGAUGGCCAGACACAAACAGGAGCUCGGCGACAAAGAGUCCACCAUCAGCUCGCUGGAAGAGUCCAAUCGCACGCUGACCGUGGAUGUGGCCAACCUCGCCAGCGAGAAGGAGGAGCUCAACAACCAGCUGAAAGAACUGCAGCAACAGCUCCAGGACUCAAAGGAUGAGGAGCAGAACAUGAGCACUCUCAUUGUGGCCUUUGAAAAGCAGCUGCAGACUGAAAGGACGCUCAAAAUUCAGGCAAUCAACAAGCUCGCCGAGGUGAUGAACCGGAGGGAGCCGACGAGGGGAGGCCAUCGAGGCACCGACACGGAAAUGCACAAGAAGGAGAAGGAGAACAGGAAGCUCCAACUGGAACUGCGAUCGGAGAAGGACAAACUCAACAGCACCAUUAUCAAAUACCAGCGAGAGCUGUCGGAAAUGCAGGCGGUGAUAGCAGAGGAGAACCAAGUGCGUCAGGAGCUUCAAAUGACAUUAGCCAGCAAGGACAGCGACAUCGAGCAGCUCCGGUGCCAGCUCACCUCUCUGAGCGUUCACUCUUUGGACACCACCAGCAUCAGCAGCGACCUGGACGUAGGCGAAGGCUACCCAGUGCGCAUUACUCACUCACACACCUCCGAAUCAAUGUCCUUCACCUAUGAGCGCACACACAAAUCAGUGCGCGUGGACACCCGGCCCGACCUCCGUUCGGCGCACUCUCUCUUUGACUCUGACUCGGAGGAUGAAGAAAAAGUUGAAAGUGCGGAGCGGGGCCAGCGUCCCCUGGCUCUCACCUAUCAGCAGCCUGAGCCUGAUCUUGCAGAUUCCAGACUGGAGGGCUGGCUUUCACUCCCUACCAAGCACACAAAGCGCUUCGGCUGGGACAAAAAGUUUGUUGUGGUGAGCAGUAAAAAGAUUCUGUUCUACAAUAGCGAGCAGGACCGAGAACAGGCCAACCCUUUCAUGAUCUUGGACAUAGACAAGCUCUUUCAUGUGCGACCUGUUACUCAGACUGACGUGUACCGUGCAGACGCUGUAGAAAUCCCACGGAUAUUUCAGAUCCUAUAUGCCAACGAGGGCGAGAGCAAGCGUGAUCAGGAGGUCUUCAUGGAGACCACGCCCUUCGGCGAGCGCCCCUCUCACAUCAGCCACAAGGGCCACGAGUUCAUCCUCACGCUCUAUCACUUCCCCUCGAGCUGCGAGGCGUGCACUCGGCCGCUGUGGCACGUCUUCAAGCCGCCGCCGGCCCUCGAGUGCCGCCGCUGCCGUGUCAAGUGUCACAAGGACCACCUGGACAGGAAGGAGGAGGUCAUUGUGCCCUGCAAAGUGAACUACGACAUGUCCACCGCCAAAGAGCUGCUCUUGCUGACCGGCAGCCGGGAGGAGCAGCAGCGAUGGGUUAGCCACCUCCUCAAGCGCAUCCCCAGGAAACACCCGCAGUCCGCCGUUCCGGCCCACCUACCCGAGGCACCGCCCCGCUCCUCCCCCCGCCUUUCACCCCGCCCGUCACCCAAGGGUUCGCCCCAGAUUUCGCCGCAUCGCGGGGCGAUGAGAAUCUCGUCUUCCAGACACCAGCAGCCAUCCGGGAAAGCCAGAUUGCUUGAUUUUGGCCUGAAAGACUUGAGGUGGUCGUUGGACGACACCGACAGUGAUGAUGAUAUUUUCCUCUGAAAGAAGUGACAAAGGGGGGAAGGAGGUUAACCCUGACUCAGCGAAGGGAUUCUUUCUUGUGGAUGAUUGACAGCAGCGUGCCAACACGUGUUACUCUUCAGGAAAUUAGUUUUACUCUGAACUUUUUAAAAAAAACGAGGAACAAGAGCACAAUCUUUUACAUGAUGGCAAUUUGUCAAAUCGACAUUAGGAACAAAAAAACGAACUGUCACAUUUGUGUUUGAAGUGCAAAGGGGUGCGUGCAUCAAAUGAAGAGGUUUAGGACACGUGGAUUGUAUUUUUUUUUUCCUGAGCAUGUAGUAUUAUCACAUCAACACGGGCUUAUCUGGAAAUAGUUUACAGACCGAAAUUGCACAUUAAUAUUGGGACACCAGUUACCUUUUUUUUUUUUUUGGAUCACAUUUGACAGUUGCCUUUUUAAUGAAAACUCAAGCAUUUUUUUUUGUUUUUUUUUGUUUUUUGUUUUGGUUCCAAUUCUCCAAUAAAAUUACACAUGGAUCCAUUU